AUGCCAAAAGGUCAUGCACCUCCCACGAAGACCUCGAUCCUACCCAUUCUACUCCCUCCUUCUACUCUUCGACCUGUGGCCUUCCGGACCUUCACUCGCAAGCACAACCUCACUAUUUCGUCACCGGCACUACAGACACUAGCGGUGUUUGUGGGCAAGCAUUGCGGAUCAGGUUGGAGGGAAGAAGGCCUGGCGGAAAAAGUUCUAGAUGAAGUGGCUAAGAUCUGGAAGAGAGCCGGGGGCGGUGUUAUCGUGGAAGAGGGGAAAGGAGCGUCAUUGAAAGCGAUUUUACAGACACUCGAGGGCAGUAUGAGUGGCGGGAGAGUGGUUGCUGGGAAGGUCAAUCAAGACGGGUCUGUGAAAUCGACCACCGGCGUGGAUGCAGGGCGACUUGAAAUAAGCAACGAUCACUCACAGGGAGUUUUCACGAGAUUGGAAGACGUCAGGGAAAAUGAAUCUCAGCUUGCUCUUCAUUCGCGUCAUUGGCUCAAGGUAAUUGAGGCCUUCGAUUUACCUCGCCUAACAUACAACAUCGACAAGAAAUACUUCGAAGCCACCAAGUCCAAACCUACGUUGUUUCCGCCUGCUUCCCACAAGACUGCACUUUUCAGGGAUCGCUACAGCUUAGUGUAUCAGCGACUGCUUCGCAAUGAAUCAUUUCAAAGCUCUUUAGCUUUUGCAGGCGUCCCUUCACUGCAGCGCUCAUCAUCAAACCUUGCGACUCAGCAGUCAUACAAGUUGACCCCGAUUGCGAACCUACUGGGCCGAAGUGGAACGUCACAUCUCCUGCUUGGACUACUGUCUAUUUCCCCUACGGGAGAUUUGUCACUCGUGGAUCUGACUGGAAGUGUGUCAUUGGACUUGAGUCAUGCUCGCAUGAUCCCCAAGGACGGUGCAUGGUUCUCACCAGGCAUGAUAGUGCUCGUUGAUGGGAUUUACGAGGAAGAAGAGAUGGUCAAGGGAUCUGUUUUGGGAGGGAACUCAGGGGUAGGUGGAACCAUUGGGGGUCAUUUUGUUGGAGUAUCGAUAUGUGGCCCUCCAUGUGAGCGCAGAGAUAUCUCCAUGGGAACGAGCAACCGUCAGGGCAGCAGCGAGCUCAGCUCUAGCGGUGGUUUUGGCUGGGUUGAUUUUUUGGGUAUUGGCAGCGAACGAGCCCAGGGUGCACGCAUGAGGAAAAUUGAAGAGAAAUGUCUGCGAGGCGAACAAGAGGCCCUGAAGACCGCGGCCCGAAUAAAGAUCGCAGUGAUGAGUGAGGUAAAUCUCGAUAACAUGAGAACGCUCGACGCCCUCCGAAAGGUAUUCAGCAGCUACAAUGACCUGGCCCUCCCCGACCGUCCUCAGAGCUUUGUCUUGAUGGGCAACUUCUCACAGGAAGCAGUUAUCAAUGGAGGUGGACGGGCUGGGAGUAUCGAGUACAAGGAAUACUUUGAUUCCCUCGCUGUGGUCCUGGCCGACUUCCCUGCGCUACUGCAACACUCGACCUUCGUCUUCGUUCCAGGCGAUAACGACCCUUGGGCAUCUGCAUUUUCGGCCGGGGCUGCUUCAGCAAUUCCGCGACAGCCUAUCCCCGAGCUAUUCACCUCUCGAAUUAGACGUGUGUUUGCAAAUGCAAACUCGGAGCUCGGAAGAUCCCAGACAAUGGAACCAGUCGGUGAAGCUCUUUGGACAUCCAACCCAGCACGCCUUUCGUGGUUUGGACCAGUGCAUGACAUUGUCAUUUUCCGCGAUGAUAUCUCGAGCCGACUCCGAAGAACUGCGAUCAAUACUAAGCCCGACGAUGCUGAAGCCGAUAUCACCAUGCACGAGGCAUUAGAUGGCUCGACGAACGAUGCGGUCUCUAUUGCGUCCAAGCCGGAUCAGGGCAAUGGUACCAAGGCUGACAGCGAACUGACAACAGCUUCGAUGGCUCGCAAAUUAGUGAAGACCAUUCUGGAUCAAGGAACAAUUUCUCCGUUUCCCGUUCAGCUACGGCCUGUCCUAUGGGAUCACGCUUCCUCCGUGCAACUCUACCCAUUGCCCACGGCCCUCGUCCUAGCUGACUCCGAGGCUGCACCAUUUUGCAUGACCUAUGAGGGCUGUCAUGUUAUGAACCCUGGUAGACUGCUACCCGAAGGCGGGACACCGACUGUGAGGUGGGUUGAAUAUGAUUUGUUGCGGAACCGAGGAAAGGUCAAGGAAGAACGAUAUUAG